AUGGAAUCGUUCGUAAGUUUGUUUGUGCAUCAUCACGGGGAGUUGAUACAUGCUCCUAUAAUCGAGUACAAAGGGGGGUUAGUAGAUGUUAUUCAUGGAUUUGACACGGACUUAUUUUCGUUUAAAGAUUUGGAUGAAUUUGCUGAGAAAUAUGGUUAUAGCCCAACUGACCUGGUUUAUUAUAAAAGUAAAGAUGAAGAGACUGAGAUAGGUGGGAAUGAAAAUGAAGAGGAUGAUGAUGAUGGAAGUGAUCCAGAUUAUAGUGCAGAAACUGAGAGUGAAGAAUUUAAGGAGAAUCCGAAAAAAGUUCAACAUGAUAUGACCACUGGAGUUCUAACAGUGAGAGAAGCUGGUAUGGAAGGUGCCCCUGUUGGUACACAGGUGGCUAGCGAUGAGUCUGAAUUUGGUUUUUGGGAGCUCAGAUCUGACUACUCCUCCAGUGAGGAUGAAAACUCAAAAAUUGGGUACAUAGGGCCUCCAAAUCCUAAAAAGAGGAGGAGACGUAGGCCUGGAUUUGGAGUUGGUGGUAAACAGGGUGACAUUAACUGGCACGUGGGCAUGAAAUUUGCAAGCAUGGGAGAAUUUAGAGAAGCUGUUAGAGAAUAUGGGAUUAAGGAGAGAAGGGGAGUUCAGUUUAUUACUAGUGAUGCAAGCAGAUGUCAAGUGUGUUGUGAAACAGAUUGUAGGUUUUAUAUAUGGUGUAGCAAGGAUAAAGAUAGUGACAAUUGUACAAUCAAGACAUUGUUCCCGGAACACAAUUGCACAAAACCAUACUCAAACAAGCUUGCAAGUGUGAAGUACCUAACAGAAGUGUUUGGAGAUAGGAUUAGAAAAAAUCCUCAAUGGAAAGUAAAGGAGAUGGCUGAGGCAAUUAAGAAGGAGCCUGAAAUUGAGGUGUCUAGAAUCAAGAUAUUAAGGGUUAUAAAAGCUGCUCUUGAGGGUGUGCAUGAGGCACUUAAAGAACAUUACUCUAGACUAAGGGAUUUUGGAUAUGAAAUAAUCAAGAGUAAUAAAAACAAUACAGUGCAGAUAAGAACAACAAGGUUGAAUGAGACAGACGCAAACAAGUUCAAAAGGGUAUAUAUCUUUUAUGAUGCAAUGAAAAAAGGGUGGAAAGCUGGUUGUAGGCCUAUCAUUGGCUUGGAUGGGUGUUUCUUGAAGACAGUGUGUGGUGGUCAACUACUGUCAGCAGUUGGAAGAGAUGGGAACAAUCAAAUGUUCCCUAUUUCAUAUGCUGUGGUUGAGAGUGAAAACUAUGAAGUGAUCAGCAGAAGGGCCUUGACAAAGCUUUAA